GUAGAAACUAACAGAGAGAAAUGUUGUAAUACGACAGGCCGAUUUCAUUGAAAUAUUAUACAGAAAUUUCUGAGAUAUGUAAAGAGAGCAGUGUUUCGGGUUUUCACUGAAUCGUAGGAUGGACCCUUCGACGGUAGCCACGCUUGCGGUGGCAUGCUUCGUAUUGUACCGGAUAAUCAAUUUUACAAUCAAGCUGUUUAAAGUUGCUUUGCUCUUCGAAUACCCGCUAAACGCAGAGGAAUUACCGAGUCUGCCUUUCGUUGGCCAUGCGUAUCUCUUUAUUGGCGGUAAUGAAGCUAUCUUAAACAGGAUGAAUCAACUGGGGAAAAACUAUCCUACGUGGUGUCGAGUUUCAUUUGGUAACAAUCCAGUGUACUUGAUGACUUCACCUGAACAUCUGAAGGAGAUACUCCUGAGUCAGAAGACCAUUAAAAGAAGCUUCUUUUACGACUUUGCGCGACCAUUGUUGGGGGACGGAUUAAUGACAGCUCCCGAGUCAAUGUGGGAAGUGCACCGAAAAUUGAUUCAGCCGUCCUUUAAUCCGGUGGUUCUCAAGUCUUUCUUGAAAACAUUUGCCACUUUGUCAGUGACACUGGCCAAAAAGAUGGAACAACACUUGGAUGGACCGGAAUUCGAAAUAUACAGAUACGUUUCGCUGUGUACAUUCGACGCAAUCUGUGUGACGGCCAUGGGCGUCAAUCUGAAUGCAAUGGAGACCGCGAAAUGUGAGUUCGACGAAGCAGUAAGUAAGGUGAUGACUGGUUUUACCAAACGAGCCACCAGUCCUUGGCUGUACCCAGACUUUAUUUUCUACCGUACGCAAGUUGGCAAGGACCAAACAAAGUACAUCAAGUUUAUUCACGACUUCACUGAUAACGUGAUCCGACAGCGGAAACCAAAAAUCGUCCGGCGUAGUGAUCAACGGGUAUCGGCCGAUAAUGAAGAAGAUUCUUUUGACACGUCCGCGGCUAGAUCUCGGAUACUGAUAGAAAAUCUCCUGAGACUAUCGAUGGAGAACAAAACGCUGACAGAUGAACAGAUCCGGUGUCAUAUUGAUACGACGAUCGUAGGUGGCACCGACACAGCGGCCAUCACGAUGAACUAUUUUUUGUUGAUGCUGGCAUCCCAUCAAGACAUUCAGGAAAAAAUAUACCAGGAAUUGUGCGACAUUUUUGAAGAGAAUGUCUUGGAGGAUGACAAUGAAGAGUUGCAUAUCACGAUGGACGCCUUGGUGAAAAUGACGUACACGGAGAGAGUGAUCAAAGAAACUAUGCGCCUGUUCCCGGGUGCGCCCAUAAUCGGCCGGGAGACAACGGAUGAUUUGAAGUUAGGCCAGUUAACUGUGCCGAAAGGGACUUCAGUCAUGCUUAAUAUUUUCGGCGUUCAUAGAAGUGAGAAAUACUGGCCCGACCCUCUAAAAUUUGAUCCAGACAGAUUCUUACCCGAAAGAUUCGCGACACAAGAACCAUACUCGUACUUACCAUUCAGUGGGGGACGAAGAAAUUGUAUCGGAUCAAAGUACGCUAUGAUCUUCAUGAAGACAAUCACCGCAACGAUUCUCUGGAAGUACAUUCUGACCAAGGAUAAAGUGACACCAGUCAAAGAUUUACGGCUGACGUUCGAUAUUUUACUGAGAUCUGUUGAUCCUGACACAUUCAGGAUUAGGAGACGCGUUAAAUAGCAUGCUUUUCAGUAAAGUAACGUCUACUGCAUAGUGCAACCCACGUACGGUUAUCAACUAUGUUUCGUAUUUAAGAAUGCAAAUAACAUUACCACACUGCACAAUUUCAUUGACGUUGAAAUCGCCUGGUCUUUGAUCCCAAUCAACGGGGCUUGUCUCAACUCGAAAGCGAUUAGUUUUAGAUACGAUCGGUCUUCCUUGUCCUAGUCAUAAUAUUUUCUGAGAAACUGUCCGAUUUACUGAGAAUUUUCGUACAAAAUUCUCGUCACUUUUUUUAGCUAUCCAAUAUUCUCUAAAUAGUGGACAACCAAGAGCACGUAGAUAUUACUUAAG